CGUGUGCGCAGGCGCGCGGGCCUUGACUCCCGGUGCUCGGGCGCGCGUCUGUCUUUCGGCGUUCGGACAUGGGCACACCGCAGAAGGAUGUUGCUAUCAAGGCAGAUGCACCUGACACCCUGUUACUGGACAAACAUGCCGAUUAUAUUGCCUCUUAUGGCUCAAAGAAAGAUGAUUAUGAAUACUGUAUGUCUGAGUACCUGAGAAUGAGUGGCAUCUACUGGGGCUUGACAGUGAUGGAUCUCAUGGGACAGCUUGAUCGGAUGAACAGAGAAGAAGUCCUGGUGUUUAUCAAGUCAUGCCAGCAUGAGUGUGGGGGAAUAAGUGCUAGCAUUGGACACGAUCCACACCUUCUCUACACUCUGAGUGCUGUCCAGAUUCUUACUUUGUAUGACAGCAUUAAUGUUAUCGACGUAGAUAAAGUUGUGGCAUAUGUUCAGAGCCUACAGAAAGAAGAUGGUUCAUUUGCUGGAGACGUGUGGGGAGAAAUUGAUACCAGAUUCUCAUUUUGUGCAGUGGCAACUUUGGCUCUCUUGGGCAAGCUUGAUGCUAUUAAUGUGGAAAAGGCAAUUGAAUUUGUCUUGUCCUGUAUGAACUUUGAUGGUGGAUUUGGGUGCAGACCGGGCUCUGAAUCUCACGCCGGGCAGAUCUAUUGUUGCACAGGAUUCCUGGCGAUAACUAGUCAGUUGCAUCAAGUGAACUCUGACUUACUUGGUUGGUGGCUUUGUGAACGACAGUUACCCUCAGGUGGACUCAAUGGAAGACCUGAGAAGUUACCGGAUGUGUGCUAUUCCUGGUGGGUUUUGGCCUCCCUAAAGAUAAUUGGGAGACUUCACUGGAUUGACAGAGAAAAGCUGCGCAGCUUCAUCUUAGCAUGUCAAGAUGAAGAGACAGGAGGCUUUGCUGACAGGCCAGGAGAUAUGGCAAGUACAAUUCUGUGCUUUUGCAGCUUUUCACUGUUGGUUGAUUUAUGGUUCUGGGCCUUUGUUUGGGCUGUAGAAAUAGUUCUAAAGGCUGCUUUGAGAGUCUGAGGCUGGAGCUUAUAGAAAUACUGUUGGUGAGGUCCUGCAUGUUAAAAGCACUGGAGUCUUUCAGAAAACUUGUUAAAGCUAUAUACAGAAAUUGAAUAACUUCAUUCUGUGGGUCAAUUAUUGAAUUUUCAUGUCUUAACUGUUUGUACACUUCCCACAGGUGGAUCCUUUUCAUACCUUGUUUGGCAUUGCUGGAUUGUCACUCCUGGGAGAAGAACAGGUUAAACCUGUUAGUCCUGUCUUUUGCAUGCCCGAAGAGGUGCUUCAGAGGGUGAAUGUCCAGCCUGAACUAGUGAGCUAGAAUCAGAUAGGUGAAGUGUUUAUCAGACCUAGAAGUGACUGUUAAUAUUUUGUAUAUCUCAUGCUAAUGAUAAAUUAUAUAAUUAUAUGUAUUGUAAAGUAAACAUGUAUUUAGAAUGUUUCUGUAUCUCCAUAACAGCAAAUGAAAGAGCUAGUAUUUAAUUGGUGCCUUCGUGUCCUGUUGACCUGUGACAAUUGUGAUGGCAAAUGGUUUUUGUUAACUGAUAGAGUAAAACUCAAGAUUUAAAUAAAAGAUGAACAAAAUUAA